AUGCCGGAGCCCGGGCCGGACGCCCCCGGCACAGCUAGCUCGCAGCCUCCGCCGCCGCCGCCCCCGCCUCCCGCGCCUAAGGAGUCCCCGUUCUCCAUCAAGAACCUACUCAACGGAGACCACCACCGGCCGCCCCCUAAGCCGCAGCCGCCCCCACGGACUCUCUUCGCUCCAGCCUCGGCCGCUGCAGCCGCCGCCGCAGCCGCUGCUGCUGCGGCCAAGGGGGCCUUGGAGGGCGCCGCGGGCUUCGCGCUCUCGCAGGUGGGCGACCUGGCUUUCCCUCGCUUUGAGAUCCCGGCGCAGAGGUUUGCCCUGCCUGCGCACUACCUGGAGCGUUCCCCGGCCUGGUGGUACCCCUACACCCUGACCCCCGCCGGCGGUCACCUCCCGCGACCUGAAGCCUCGGAGAAGGCCCUCCUGCGGGACUCCUCCCCCGCCUCGGGCACCGACCGCGACUCCCCCGAGCCGCUGCUUAAGGCCGACCCCGACCACAAGGAGCUGGACUCCAAGAGCCCGGACGAGAUCAUUCUGGAGGAAAGCGACUCAGAGGAAGGCAAGAAGGAGAGCGAGGCGGCGCCGGGCGCUGCUGGGGCGAGCGUGGGGGCGGCGGCGGCGACGCCGGGCGCCGAGGACUGGAAGAAGGGCGCAGAGAGCCCCGAGAAGAAGCCCGCGUGCCGCAAGAAGAAGACGCGCACGGUCUUCUCGCGCAGCCAGGUCUUCCAGCUCGAGUCCACCUUCGACAUGAAGCGCUACCUGAGCAGCUCGGAGCGCGCCGGCUUGGCCGCGUCGCUGCACCUGACCGAGACGCAGGUCAAGAUCUGGUUCCAGAAUCGCCGCAACAAGUGGAAGCGGCAGCUGGCGGCCGAGCUGGAGGCGGCCAACCUGAGCCAUGCCGCGGCGCAGCGCAUCGUGCGGGUGCCCAUCCUCUACCACGAGAACUCGGCGGCCGAGGGCGCGGCGGCCGCGGCCGCGGGGGCCCCGGUACCCGUCAGCCAGCCACUGCUCACCUUCCCGCACCCCGUGUACUACUCGCACCCGGUGGUCUCGUCCGUGCCGCUGCUACGGCCCGUCUGAGGCCCGAGAGGGGAGGAGGAGGGAGCGCCCGGCCCCCUUCCCAGACCCCGGAGGAGACUGGGCCGGGCCGAGGGCGCCGAGAGGUCCAGCGGCCUUCGGGACCCGGGGCUUCAGCGCGCUGCCCCGGCCUCCCCUCCCCCAAUCGGUAGCGUUUUGUAAGUAUUUGCAAAGCAUUUUCGUGCAAUUCACCUCUAAUGGAUUUGAGGCGCUUCCCCUCUUACUUUUGGUUUUGGUUUAUAUUAAGAAAAAGCAGGAGAAAGACAAAAUUCCCAGGUCAAAUAUUUCGGCUGAAAGUUUUGGUAAAAUGUGCACCGCCCCCCCGCCAAAUUUGCAUUGCGCUGUGGCUUUUGGUUUUAUUUUUAUAGAAGGAAAGUAAGCACAGAACCUGAGCCCCUCUGAUUUAUUCAUUUUCUAUAGAACUAUUUUCAGAAGUCGAGAGAGAGAGAGAGAGAGAGAGAGAGAGAGAGAGAGAGAGAGAGAGAAUUCACAUUGUAGUACUUUUAUUUCUGGAUUUCUGGGUGUGGUUCUUCCUUUCCAUUCCCAAUAAAUUACUUCCGAAUUUUCAGAAUCUGAGUAGCCUCUCAUAAGGACUUCCACUCAGGCCACUUUCCUCUCUGCCACAGAGGUCUGUCGCAGUUGAUCUCUUCAUCUUUCCCUUUUUGUGGCCAAAAAAUUCUCCAAGUAUUUACAGGCAAAAGACAAGGCAGCCCCAAAUCAGACUUCUGAUUAUUGAAACAGCUCCACAUCUGGCCUGGUGUGAAUGGUCUUAUUUAUUAGUAGCACAUACUGCGAGAAUUUCAUUUGUUGGUAAAUUAUUAUUAAUAUUACUAUUAAUACCUUGUGCCCUAUUUUAAGAGUGAUUUCAAUACCUUAAAAAAUAAACAGUUUUUUAUCCUCUCCCCCUA